AGAGAAUGUAAAGCCCGAGCCCGAUGCUCUCGUUGCUUUUUUCGUAGUACAAUCACCGGCCGGCAGCUACAACUAUAUAAAUGAGAUUUCGAGCGAGCGUAGAUGCAGCACUCGGACCUCCGCCGUAGGUUCCGCAGGAUCAGUACACGGCUUACGUCUGCGUUGCAUCGCGAUCAUCGUGAACUCGCUUGCUUGGGAUAGAUCGUCAGUCAACGACAAAACGGGACCGUCCGAGAACCGUCGGGGCUACCAUGGACUGGCUAGGGAGGAUACCGGGAUUAGGGGAUCAGCGCAGGCUAGCCCUGUGCGUCCUCGUCGUCUGCGUGAUCGCGUCGCAGGCUCGGGCCGCGGAUACCAACGAGACCAAGGACGCCUGGAACGGAUUUACCACGGGAUGCUCGGCGAACGAGUCGAAGAACCUGUCUGUGUCUUGUUACGGGGUCAGGAUCGUCAGGAAGAUCGUCCAGCAGUUGCUGGAGAAGACCAGCUCGGAGCCGAACAUCGAGAUAUUCGACGGUGUCAGCCUCGUCGAGGUACCUGGAGCUGGACCAGCUAGGAAAGGGAGACUGAUGAAGGGAUUCGGUGGCAUGGGUUCCCUGAUACAGUUCCUGGAAGGCAGAGAACUACGGAUCAAGCUGCCGAGCUUCCUGCCGCAGAACAUCGAGACCGCUAUCCAGGAGAGCCUACCUUCCGAGCAAGGCAGGGGAAGAGGAGGAGGAUAUGGACUUGGGGGAGGCGGUGGCGGGGGUGGCAAGAAGGGCGGCGGUGGAGGAUACAUGAUCCUGGCGCUGAUGAUGGGAAAGAUUAUGGCGUCGAUGGGAAUGGGCGCUCUGGGCCUGCUAACCAUAAAGGCGUUGAUGGUGUCGGCGAUGGCUCUGACGCUGUCUCUGAUCGUGGCUGCGAAGAAGCUGCUCAGUGGCCAUGACAGUGGAGGCGGCGGCCACCACGUGGUGUACGCGCAGGACGUCGGCCACCACCAUUAUCGCAAGAAGCGGUCCCUGGGAUUGGAGGACCUCGAGCUGCCUUACAGAGGAUACGCGCACCUGUUCGGCGACUCCCGAGUGUCCUGAAUGAGUACCUGUGACAGCGACUCCGUCAUAAAUCCACGUCGGAAGUACGCGCGACGGGUAGCCGAGCAGGCGAGAGAACAUUACGGACGGAGGCACGACAUCGCGACGAGACGCGCGUACCGACAGUGACAAUGACAUUGAGACACACACGUGCUGACGGACUGGACGUUUCGUAGAAAGUGACGUGAACACAUACAUACAUACAUACGUACAGCAUACACAUGCACGCGCAAGGCCUGCACAACGAUCAUUCAUACAUACGCAUACACGGAGGGACAAACAUGUGAUAAACGUUCGACGACUCUUGGACCCGAAGGACACGGACGUACGCUGGCGAAACCAAAGUACAUAUAACACGGCUUUUAUUUAUUCCACGAAUCAGUACUACACACACGCGUGCUCAUGCUCUCUUUCUCUCUCUCUCUCUUCACCCUCCACCCCAUUUUUGUACCUUAUUUAUUUAUUGCGUGCAGCGAAUAAAGUUAUACGUAAUCAUCCAACCAAAA